AUGAGCGCCUUGCGGGACGUCUCGCUGCAGGACCCGCGGCUGCGCUACGAGCUCAUCCAGCGCAUCGGCUCCGGCACCUACGGCGACGUUUACAAGGGCCGAGAUACAGAAACUGGAGAGCUGGCAGCCAUUAAAAUUGUGAAAAUCGACCCAGGAGAUGACAUCGGAUCCAUUCAGCAAGAAAUCACCACCCUCAGGGAUUGUCGGCAUCACAACGUUGUGACGUAUUUUGGAAGCUACCUCAGGAAUGAUCGGCUGUGGAUCUGCAUGGAAUACUGUGGAGGGGGGUCCCUGCAGGAGAUCUACCACAGUACUGGGCCUUUGUCCGAAAAACAGAUUGCCUACGUCUGCAGGGAAACCCUCCAGGGACUUCACCACUUGCACACCACAGGGAAAAUGCACCGAGACAUUAAGGGGGCCAACAUCCUGCUGACGACCAACGGCGAGGUCAAAUUGGCGGAUUUUGGUGUCUCGGCAGAACUGACAGCUUCGGUGGCCAAGCGAAAAUCGUUCAUCGGAACGCCCUAUUGGAUGGCACCCGAGGUGGCCGCGGUGGAGAAGAAAGGCGGCUACAACCAGCUGUGCGACAUCUGGGCCCUGGGCAUCACUGCCAUUGAACUGGCCGAGCUGCAGCCCCCACUUUUUGACCUCCACCCCAUGAGGGCUCUGAUGUUGAUGGCGAAGAGCAACUUCCAGCCUCCAAAGCUAAAAGACAAGGCGUGUUGGUCUCCCGAUUUUCACCAGUUCCUCAAACUCUCUUUGACCAAAAAUCCUAGGAAACGGCCGGUGGCAGAAAAACUCCUGCAGCACCCUUUCGUCUGCCAGCCCUUAGCCCGCGUUUUAGUCAUUGAAUUACUGGAUAAAGCCACAAACCCUGAACUGACCGCUUCCGCCUUGGACGACGGGGAUUUUGAGGCUUAUGACGUUUUUCCCGAUAAAAUCUGCUCCAGUAAGCCACGUGGGCCGGCAGAAGGCACCCUGUCGGAAAUCCAGCUUAACCAGGUUAAAUUCGGCCCCCCACUAAGGAAAGAAACAGAGCCGUGGAGCAACCCAACGGAAGAAGAGGAAGAGAAUUGGAUGGUGCUUGGAGACGGAGAGAGCCUGCUUCAGUCUGUCGAAGAGGCCCUGGAAGAGAGGAGUCUAACGAUCCGCCCGGCACGUCCUACGGAUCAGACUCAGGAAGAACAGCAGACCGACGGACUUGGGGAAGAUGUUUCCAGCACUAUCAAAAGAGGCCCCUUCUGGGAUUUCCUCAACCUGGAGCUCUCCUAUAAGGCUCCUUGGGAACAGGAUGGGGAGCGCUCGGAUCUGGAGGGACCGAGGGGCCACACCGUCCCAGGCAAUGGGGCCUUCGGUGGGAUGCCAGACCCUCCGGGGGUGGAUUCUUCCAAACCUGCAGACUGCCUGCUCUCCACUGAGUGGGCCACGAUGAAGAAGAAGGAGGAAGCCACCAGGUUGCUGUGCCACGGAUUGCCUCCUACACCCAAAGUUCAUAUGGGAGCCUGUUUUUCCAAAGUUUUCAACGGCUGCCCGCUGAAGAUCAACUCAGCUACAACGUGGAUCCACCCAGAAACACGAGAUCUGUAUCUGGUCGUGGGAGCGGAGGAAGGCAUUUACACCUUGAAUCUUCACGAGCUCCACGAAGACACGAUGGAGAAGCUCCUUCCCCACCGGUGCUCCUGGCUCUACUGCAUCAACAACACGCUCCUGACUUUGGCAGGAAAGUCCCCCCAGGUCUCUUCACACAACCUCUUGGGUCUCUUCGAGCAACGUCGUCAGCUUCAAAAGCGUCCGGUUCCUCUUUCCAUCGCCACCAACCGACUGACGGAGAGGAUCAUCCCCAGGAAGUUUGCCCUCUCGGCCAAGAUAGCAGACACCAAAGGCUGCCUUAAGUGUCAAAUCGUCCGAAAUCCUUACUCAGGAAACACCUUUCUGUGUGCCGCCCUGCCCUCCAGCCUGGCCCUCCUCCAGUGGUACGAACCUUUGCAGAAAUUUAUGCUACUGAAGCAUGUCCCUGUGCUGCUCCCCAAUCCCCUCUCCCUGUUCGAGCUGCUGGUCGUGGAGACGGAGGAGUAUCCGCAAGUGUGCUUUGGCGUCACCGGCAGCGACCAGCCGGGGGCCGAGCUGCAUUUCAGCGUCCUCUCGCUCAGCACUGGCCACACCAGCUCCAGCCCUUCCAGGCGUCCUCUCGUUCUGGCCAGCCACGUCACUCAGAUGGACCGAGACACUGUCCUCGUUUGUUUUGAACGCUGCGUCCGGGUCGUGAAUCUUCGGGGGACGCCACAGGGGGUGUUUGCACCGGAGCUUGUUUUCAAUUUCCCCAUUGAAACCAUUGUGUGCCUUCAAGACAGUGUCUUGGCUUUCUGGAAACACGGCAUGCAAGGCCGAAGCCUGGAAUCCAGUGAGGUGACGCAGGAGGUCACAGACGAAUCCAGGAUGUUCCGAGUCUUGGGUGCUCACAGGGACAUCAUCCUGGAGAGCACCCCUACCAACAAUCCCAUGGCGCACAGCAACCUCUACAUCCUGACCGGUCACGAAAGCAGCUACUAG